AUGGACAAACUGGUGCCACAGCAGCAAGAGCAGCAACAACGCCGUGCUGCUGCAUUCGAACAGCAGCAGCAGCAGCAGCAGGAUCAGCAGCAUUAUCGUCUUCAUCCUCCUCCGCAGAAGCAGCAGCAGUACCAGCAAAAGCAGAAGCAGCGGCCACAGCAGCCUCAUCGCCGCUGCAGCAAAAGGAGCGGCAGCAGCACCACCACCAUCAUACGUACGGGCAGCAGCAGCACCAGCAGCAGAGCCAUUACCCGGCGCAGCAGCAAAACCACCAUAACCCGCAGCAGCACCACCACCUCACCACCGCCAUUCCCAGCAGCAGCAGCAGCAGCAGCAGCAGCAGCAAUGUCUGGGGAGCUGCACCCGCACGACCAGCACGGGCGACAUGGGACGCACUGCAUUGUGCCCCACGGGGCGAAGGAAAGGUCGCAGGUGGAGGAAACCCUCAGGAGGGCCAAGCUGCCCCCGCUGUCUUUAGCCAGAGAUGACUUUCCUUCAGUGGUGCUGUCUGAGCGCUACCGCGACAGAAGAAUUAAACUUGACCAAGACAGACUGAUUUGCGAAGGACACAAGGGCUGGUCAAGCGUUUUCGCCACGCAUGCAUGCAGCAGCGGCUGCUACUUCUUCGAGGUUGAAGCCCUCAGCCCCAAAACAGAUACUUUGCAUUUUGCCGGCUAUCCCCCGGACAUGCAGCCCAGGGUCCACCCUUACUUCAGAGUCGGCUGGGCGUGCCGGUACCAACGCUUUGACCUUCCCAUCGGCAGCAACUCUUUCUCUUACGCCAUUUCCGACUUCGACAAAAUUUCUGUUGUGCAUGAGGCCAGGAGGGAGCAGCUUUUGAGCGACGUAAAUAUAAAAGUAGGAGACGUAAUAGGCUGCUCCAUCUGCAUUCCUGAGCCCGCCGAGUGGCCGCCAGACCCUCGCGAAGACAGCAAACUCUAUGAGUUCUUACUAGGCAAGCAGCAGCUACAGCAGCAACAGCAGGACUAG